GUGCCACUUUCAGGUCUCCUCACACUGCUGGUGUGUUCCAUUUUUUGUCAUAGGGUGCUGGCAGAUUACGGGCCUCCCAUUGCUGCUGCCAGGCCCCUAAUCUGCCAUGGGCCCCUGUACCGCCUCCUCAUGCUGCUGCCAGGUCCAGAGUCUCUCAUGGGUCCCUGUACGGCCUCCCAUUGCUGCUGUCUCCAUCGCCACACUCUGCCAUGUGCCACUUUCAGGUCUCCUCACACUGCUGGUGGGUUCCAUUUUGUCAUAGGGUGCUGUAUGGCCUCCCAUUGCUGCUGCCUCCACCGCCACACUGUGGCUCCACACUCUGGUUUUGGCCCCGUGACUGACCAAAUGAGUGAAGUGUGCGGUGAUUCUAAGAUCGACGGCACUCAUCUGCAUGUCAUACUGACUGACAGUAUUAUUUCUCUUCCCCAGCAGACUCCAAGGGCAUUUAAAUUAAAGGUACAGUGUUCUGCACUAAUAUAA